UCGGGAACAACUGAACAAACCAUAUAAAAUGGCGCUGACGACACGACAGACCGUGGAUUGUACCGAUGCCUAUACGGCCUCUAUAGAUUUGUCCAACUCUUGUCGGGAGUUUUACUUCAGCAGACAGAGGUCAACUGAAGAAUUCAAGGACAAUGUCUGCAGAGACAGCCACUCGACAAAGCCUAAAUCAUUCAUGGAUGAUGCUAUGGCGACGCUAAGAAAAGAAAUGGCGAACCUGAUGGACCAGGACUUGAAUCUGAUGAAGCAGCUUCUGACCAUGAACGACACCAUUGAAGAGAUCAAAUUCCAGCGUUUCCAUGGUGGCAGCAAAAACUUGUCAACGAGUUCCUGUGACGUCUCUGAUUCUGACUACGACCUCCGGUCAUUGCCAUCCGUAUCUUCUCUUCCCUCCAUGGGUUCCGUUCCGUCUAUGUCUUCACUUGUAUCAAUGUCUUCGUUGCCUUCCGUUUUCGAUGAAAAUGACUACCAGUGCGUCUCUGACGAGGAGUUGGAAGACGAAUAUCUGUGUUCCGAACUGAUUGAGGAAAAUGUGAAUACGAACAUUGUGUCUGGCAAAUGGGAAUCAUUCAGUUCCAGAAGAGACACCCACGGAUCUAUUGACUCUGGAUUUGGUGACUCACAAAGUUCAGACGAAAGCACGGACAGUGAUUCAGAAUGCUAGACUUGCUUACCUUCGACUCAGUACAUAUAUGUACGUUGUUUAUAACAAGGAGAUUAUUAAACUUUCUCCGCAAACAUUUUAACUACGACCUUUCUAGGUCUGCCAUGAACUUUAUACAUUCAACGCAUUGACGCCAUGAUGCAAUGUAACGACUGCGAAAACUGUCUUUGACAUUAAACAUUUACAAUAUAUGACACUUAUAUCGUAAUAUAUUGUAUUUAACUGUGAGUAAUUAUAUUUUGUUGAAUAAACGUUACGUACUUAGUUCAUGUAGUUAAACUACAGUGUGUUUUACAAUUGCAAGCAAUUAAUUGUAUCGUUCAUGUUUUUCAUUCAUUCUUCAGCGGGACUGAGGUCUGUUUGAUAUCAAUGUUUAUACAUGUAAAUGGUUUUAUCUACCUCAGCUGUUAACUGAUAUUGUGACCGGUCAUUGUCAUUUGUCCAAUCUGUCCUAAUAAUAUUCACGUAUAUUUGUUAUAGAAAACUGCCAAUCAAUACAUGUAUGUUCUUCAUGAAUCAUUGACCUAAUAAAAACGGCCAGUACAAU